AUGACUGGAAGAGGUCAAUUGUCAAGAGGCGCCCCGCGCUCUCACCACUCCCACUCUGAUUACCUAUUCGACAAUCGUCGUGGCCGUGGUCGCCCACGCAAGUUUCCACUGGCGACACAGCCUCAGAUGCCGACGUCUUCUGCUUCUGAAGUGACGACGAGAGAAGAGGUGGAAGAGGAGGGGGAAAUGUUUCGUGUCGGAGAUGAUAAAGAUGAUGAGUAUUUCCAUGGAGAGUUGGUAGAGGAGGAAGUGGAAGUGGAAACGGAAGAACAAGUUGGAGGAGGAGAAGACGGAGAAGAGGACGGAGGAGUGGAUAUGGAGAAGAUUAAACAAAUCCAGCAGCAAAAAAUGCUCCUAGUCACGCCAAUAGCUCAAAAACGUCAACGUGGUCGUCCACGUCGUCAGAGUACUUCAAGUCAAUUGAUGCUCGGCGGAGCCGAAGAAGAAGAAGAUGUAGAUCACAACAAUGAGCAGGAGAUGACGAUGCAACAAGUGAUUCAGGAUUCAGAAUCUCAAUCGGGACCCCUGGAAUCCACGUCAUCAACGGCGGAGCCACUACCGGAGCCAUCAGGAAGAGGGACGAGACAACGACACGCGCCGAAACGACUCAAUGAUUUUGUGAUCGGAGGACAGCCGCCACAGUCUAAAGAGAAAAUUGAGAAUACGGUGGAAGAGGGGGCGGAGCCUGUAGAAGUAGUAGAAAAAGGGGCGGAGCAAGUUGGAGGAGGAGCACAGGAGCAAGAGACAUUGAAACCAACAACCAACGCGACGACGGAGACACAAGCGCCACCAACCAUAGAGCCCAACAUCCCCACCACCACCACCACGACGACUCCUCCAGAUGACGUCAUCGACGACACGCCAGCCGGUCCACCACCAGCGCCACGUCACCUCGCGAACAAAGCGAAUGGGCGUGGCCGACCGGCGAAUCCGAUUCCACCGCAUCGUCGUCCUCUGCCGAAAGACUUGGUGCCACCGGGAGCAUCGAUUCUGAAAAGACACGGAGCCAGGGAGGGGGCGGGGCUAGCAGCGAAACGGAGGGAUUUAAAAACGGAAGGGGGGCUCCAGAAUCUUGACGGCGGUGACGCCCCGCCCCUUUUGCAUCCGCCACGUUUAGUUGGAGCUGGAGCCGGAGCGAUGAGCCAAAUGGCUCUGCUGGAAGAGUUGAAUGAUAGCGGAAAAAUGGAGGUGAAAAUGGAAGCGGCGCCUGAAGCGGUAGAGGAAGUGGUGAUAGGAGACGACGAGGGAGCCGCCCCAGAGCUUCUGGAGCAGGAGGGCGGAGCCAAGAAAAAGGAGAGAGAAGCGGGAAAAGAUUUGCCGUCUGAGCACUUUCCCAAGGAGAAAGCACGCCAUGUGUCGACCCGAGGACUCCACCCAUUUGGAGCGGAUAAGGCUGCGUUGGGAUAUGAUUUAUUAGAAGAAGAAGACCCCGCUGCGCCACCACAUCAACGAGUUUUGACACUUCAAGGUGGAAGCUUCAUUGAGGAUCGCAUUGGACGGGCGGAUAUGAUGGAGGAUGAGGAGAUGAAAGGAUUGAUGAAGAAUCAGUAUAUAAUGGAGGAGGAUGGAGUGGUGUAUGAAGUCGAUCCGAAUGAUGUGAUUGAGGAGGAGGAGGCGGAGCCUGUUGGGGUGGAGGAGGAGGAGGAACAGUACUUGAUUCAGCAGGAGAGCUCACAGCAACAGCAACAACAGCUUAAAACGGAACUUCAAGAUGAUGACGAUGACGACGAUCUACCACCGAAUCUGAUACCAGAAGGUGUUCCAGAAGACGUCGGCGGCGACGUCGUCGGAGAAGACAAAGGAAUGCCCGUCGACGAGGACGGAAAUUUCGAUUUCAACAUGAUGGACGAUGGCGAGACGAUACGUUUACAGUCACCCGGUGGCCGUUCCCACGACGUCCGUCUCGUCCGAGAUGAGCAAGGGAAUACGGUAUUCCUGGAUGAGAAUGGCCAUAUUGUGGAGCUCGUCACCGAUUCUGGAGCACUUGUGGAGCCGAGUGGAAUGGGCGGAGCUCAGCAAGAGCAUAUGGUUGUGGAAGAGGAGGAGGAGGAGGAGCAAGAGAAGAAACAGAUUGUGGGGGGCGGAGCUGGUGGAGGAGGAGAAGUGGGCGGAGCUAGAGAUGGGGGAGGAGUCGGAGAGGGUGUUGUGACCGUAUCAAACGAGCGUGCGAACAUUGAAUUCAUGAAUUCAUGCAGUUUCCUCGACACAAACAACAUCUGCUGCGGUCUGUGCGGUGAAAUUGUUCUCUACGAGAAACUCGUCUCAGAGCAUCUCCCAAACGCCCAUCCCGAGUACCUGGCUCCAGGAAUUCAACUCGAAGAGGUUCCCUAUAACUCAUGGCUGAAAUCCCGUCUGAAACACGAGUCGAAAAUGAUGGAAAACGGAUUCCGUCACUACGAUGAGCACGAUGGCGGUGGUUUUGGAGGCGCGAUGAGACUGUAUUCGAAGGGUUUACGACAGAUGAGAAAGGUCUCACAGAUUCGAAUUAAUGCGAAUGAGAUGACGUUUGACGACUUGGAAAAGGCGUUGAAACGAAAAAUAAUAGAGAAAAUGGGAAGGAAAGUUCCAGUUUCCCUAGUCGAUCGCCUUCAUGCGCGGUGUGAUAUCUGUCAGGCGGUGGUCUCGUUAAACAAGAAAUUUGAAGUCGUACACUUGGUACGACACUUCAACGCGUGGCACCCCGCGGAGCACCGUUGCUCCCAAGAGUGGAAGGAUCAGCCGAUGGUGUCAUCUAACGGCGCCAGAAAACCGCUGUCACUCCAUGACUUUGCAGUGGUGAGCACUGAAACUGAUCAGAAUAAUCUGCAGUGUAUAUGGUGUGGAAUGAUGAUGGAUCGGAAAGCGUUGGGCAUGCAUUUCUCGGAGAUUCACUCGCAGCAAGUCAUCGUACCGAAUUGUUCGCUUUGUCUUCAGGAAAUGGUGGCGACCGCGCGUCUUAUGGAGAAGUAUGGAGAGGACUAUGGGAUUAGUCUACCUGAUGAAUUCCAUUUGUUUAGUGGAAAGUUGAAUGUGAAGUGUUCGACGGAGAAGGCGAUGGAUAAGGCGAUUGAUAAGUAUUUGAAGAGGGCUAGUAAGCAUGCCAAUGAGAAUAAUGAGGAUGAAGAUGCCGAUGAUGAUACUACGAUCUCAAUCACCAACUCUCAACAAUCAUUCGGUCGUCGUAACCGUCUAAAACGGAAGUUCGUCAAACCGUGUUUCCGUCAAAUCUGUCCAACAAACUCGGAGUAUUUCGAGGCGAAAUCCGCAUGCGAAUGGAAGUGUCGUCUGUGUUCUCGUGCCGUCUACGGAGCCGUCAUUUCCGCCGGCGCCAUCAAACACUUCAAAGAGUUCCACCCGGCAGAAAUCGAUCGAAUGCAAUAUGAACUUGUGAAGGCGAGACUCGAACGAAUCGGCGAUGGAUCGAUGGAAUUCGUGCAUCCGCAACUUGUGGAGUGUCUCAUUUGUAGUCUGACUUAUGCCCUUCAUAAACCAUUUAAUAUCUGUCGAGCCAUCCGUCAUCUCCGUCUGAAACACCCGGAAGUCAUGCCGGAAACAUCUGGAAAAUCGAUAAGUGGCGCCGAGAUCGCUGAGACGACGAACAUCCAAAAAGCGGCGGUGAAGAAACCGGUGAUCCGAUUCGGAGAUCUGAUUACAGACCCGAUUGAGUUGGAAAAGUUUCGAAAAGAGAAUUUCGAUCAGCAAUUUGAUAAGAUUCAAGUGGUCUAUGGUAUCAAGAAGAACAACGAACCCGCCUACAUUUUACUAAUGGAAAAUGAGACAAUGGAUCAUAAGACGGCGAUGGAAAUGGCCGAGAAACUCAGAGCCGAUGAGCCACCGGAGAUGCCACAGGAGGCGGAGCCAGUGCUCCGUACAGAAGUGAAACCGAUUGUUAUGGAAUACCGGGAGGAGAUCAUGCAGGAGGAGAAUGAUGUGGUAGGAGAGGUGGAGACGGAGUUUAUGCCGACGUAUGAUGCGAAUAAUCCGGAUCAUGUGCUGAUUGAGGAGAAUGAGAUUAUGGCCGAAGGCAACUACGAAAUGAUACAAGAAGGCGACUAUCAGGAGAUCGAAGAGGAUAAUAGAACCGUCCGCUAUCUAACCGAAGAGGAGAUCCGCGAGGCGCAGGCACGAGGAGAAAUUCUCGAAUUCGAGGAGGAAGAGGUCUUCGAAGAGGACUACCAGCAACAGUAG